AUGCAGGACUGGGAGCUUCGUGAUCCGAGAUUUGAGGAAUUGGAUGAAAGUGACGAGGAGGAUGGGCAAGGCGUUUCGUUGGAUCCAUAUGAUGGACGGCGCUUUGUGAGCGAUGAAUUGUUUUUUGACGGACAUUCACGGCGUGGGAUGUAUGAUCAGGGACGGUAUGGGCAGGAUUUUGAUGGGCAGGGUUACAGAGAGCAGAGGGGUAUGGCGUUUCAGGCGAGGGUGAGGGAGAAGGAGGAGGUGUUGAUUCAGUCGGCGCUGGGGAGGAUUGCGAGGGCGAGGGCGAAGGGCAAGACGAAUGUCAAUUUGUCCGAGGAGGAGAUGGAGGCUUUACAGCGCAGGAAUAACCCGCAGCCGGAGCCUCCACCCGCUUUGGCUUCACCGCCACCUACGCCGGCUAAGAAUGGGAAGGGAGGAAAAGUGGGCAGUCGAUCGAACAGCUCGACCAGUUUGGCCAACCAGAAGACUCGCAAGCGAGGCAGUACUGGACUUUUCGGGAACGGUUCCUCCUCAUCGCCAGCGAAAUCGAAUUCGAAAGCGAAGGUCAAUCGCAAGCCAUCGGCGGAGCAGCAGACUCCAUAUCCUAUGAACGCACCAGGCAUGAUGGUCCCUGGACCCGACGGCAUGCCCGUCUUCGCACCCAUCGGCUACGGCGGCCCUCCAAGCCCGGAAUAUCGCCGCAACAACUCAGGCGGCUCUCAACCUUCCUCCCGCUCCGCUUCCAAGCACUCCCGCCGCGAGUCCACGCCACCAGAACGAACAGAUCCUUACGCCCAGUAUCCGAUGCGCUAUUAUCCACCCCAUCAACAAGGCAUGCGACCGCCUUCCUCCAGCUCCAACCGCUCUUUGCCAGACGACAUAGACUGGUACCCACCCGUCAACCCGCGCACACGCUCCGCCUCCCUCGCCUACGACCAGGACGUCCCUCUCGCUCUCCCCGCCGCCCAAACCCAAAGCCCCGGACGGCGCAACGUUUCAAACCCAGCAUACGCUUCUCCACUCCGCCGGACCGCAGCCGGUUCUUCGCCUUUGGCCUCACGCCCGACGCCAGGAUAUCCAAGCUACUCCGACCCAGCCAUCACAGGCCACAGAGGCAGCGGUAGUGGUUUGCGGCAGCAGCAUGGCGUAGCAGAUGAGAGUUCGAGCGGGAACGAAGGGAGCGAGGAUGCGGGUGUGCAGGUUGACAUUCUCCCUGAUGAGGGAUUCGGUGGGGGAUAUAGUAUUAGUCGGAGUAGGGACCCUGCUCCUGUGCUGGUGGCAAGUAGUGGGGAUGGAGGGAAGAGGAGAAGGAAGGGUGUACGUGGGUAG